AUAUUUAUUUUGAUCAUUCAUUUAGAAAGCAAAUAUAAUUUUUUGAUAGGUAAAUCAUUAAAAUAAAGAUUUGGUAGUUUAGCUAAUAGCAGUUGAUUUAUUAUUAGAAAAUUAAAAAACUUAAGAGCCUUUAAUAUUUAUAAGCGUUCAAGAGGUUUGGUAAGAUCUCUACUAAAAAAAGGUUGAAGAGGUUCAAUAAGAGAAAAUGAAAAUAUUUGCAACCCUCUCACAUGAGCUUAGAACUCCUUUGAAUUGCUCUAUUUCCAUGCUCGAAGUUCUGAAAGACGAACUUUAUCAGGAAUAAAAUAAUUAAUAUUGUAUUGAAGAAUAUAUUGUCCCUGCCCUAUUCUCUAAUAAACUACUUCUAAACUAAAUUAAUGACAUACUCGACUUUGUUUAAAUGGAUUGUGGUAAAUUUAAAUACUCCUUUUUAGACUUCAAUGUAGUUAGUCUUUUAAAAGAUUGCAGUAAGCUAGUAAGUAUUCAAGCUAAAAUGAAAAAAUUAGAAAUUAUACUUGCCUAUGACUAAAAAAUUAAUUAAAUAAUAUGCUCUGACCCUAAUAGAAUUAGAUAAAUUUUACUAAAUUUUCUUUCUAACUCUCUGAAAUUCACUAAAUCUGGACAUAUUGAAUUGGGUCUUGUUUUAUUUAGUAAGAAUAUCUAUCAAUUAUAUGUUAAGGAUAGUGGCAUUGGAAUUACACAAGAAAAUUAAAAAAAGAUAUUUAACUUUUGUAACAAAAUUAAAUAUCAAAAUAAAGAAGAGGAACAACUUAAUAAUCAAGGAUGUGGUUUAGGUUUGACAAUAUCAAAUUCCUUAGCUAAAGGCUUAGUAAAUGAUGUAAAUUUUAAGGGAGGAAUUACUGUAGAAUCAGAGUAUGGAAAAGGCUCAAAGUUUAGUAUUUUGGUUGAAGAUUUUAAUACUGAUGAAAAAUAGAUGAGUGAGCACCCAACUAAUUAACGCAAAUCUAUAAAAACUUCUUUUAAACGGAUUGAAGCUUAGAUAGGUUCCUUAAAUAAUUUAAAUUAUGAAAAUAAAUAGAGUUUAUUAAAAAAUUAAAUCAAUAAAUAAAAUCUUUGUCAAUCAAUGAAUUCAACUAAUGAAAUUAACGAAAAUGAUAUCAGUUAGACAGAAAAAUAAAAUAAUUCUAUUUAUGGAUUUGUUUAAGAAGACCAUUAGUUUAAUCAUAAUAAACAUACAAUCAGUAAUAGAGAGAAUUUUACAAAUAAUUCUAAACUAGAAGCUAAUCAAAUAGUUUAAAAGAGUAAAUUUUAGGAAAAUGUAUCUAAUUUAAGCUCUUCAUAAGUGAUAGAAGAGCCAACAAACUAAGAUCUAAGAUUUGAUUUAAAUAAAAUAUUUUAAAUUCAAAUCCAUAAAAAUUUUUAAGAAGAUGAAUGUUAAGAAUCCAAAAAUAUGUCUCAUAAAUCAAAACAUAGAAUUUCUUUAAAACUUUAAUCUCGCAAUAGUCCAUUUUAAAAUUCAAGUUUUUCGUAAUGUUAAUAAAAUGCAGAUCAUGUCAAUUCAAAUAAAAUAGAAUAAAAUUGCUCAUAAAAACUUCCAUAAAAUUAUAUUUUUGAGAACUAAAUUAGGAAAGGAAAUAACCAUGUUUAAGCUACUAAUUACCAAUAGCAUGAAGACGGAUAGACAAACUAAGACUGUUCAAAUAAUACAGAUUUUGAAAUUAAAAAUGUAUAAUCAGAAAUUGGUAGCUUAAGUAAAAAUAAACAAUCAUAAAGUUUGCUUUAGAAUGCUACAGCCCAAGUAAAAUAAUUUUAAAUAGAGAGGAAAGAUGAAAAUGAAUAGUAUGAAUAAGAAGGAUUUACAUCUUAUGCAAGUCAAAUAAAAAUAAAAGCAUCUAAUUUUUCCAAUAAAAGAUUAACAACUUCUUCACUUAAUGAAAAUAUCAAUAAAACUUAUAGUUUUAAAUCUCAAAUUAGUUGUUUUAAAACUGUAGAUAUUGAAAAUAAUACUGACAUAAAUAAAAAUGGAAAAUCUCUCACACCUUCACAAAAAUUGGAUUCAAUUUUAGAGUUUAAUUUGAGCAAAAAAAAAAAAUGUACAUGCCCUUAAAUAAUGGUUGUUGAUGAUAAUCAAUUUAAUUUAUAUGCCAUGUAAAAAAUUAUUUAACAGUUUUAAUUUGAAAUAAUCACUUUUUCUGAAGGUGAUUAAGCUAUAUAGUUUGUCAAAUCUGAAUUCUUUAAAAAUUGCUGCACUUCGCCUCGAAUUAUUUUCAUGGACAUAGAAAUGCCAGUUAAAAAUGGUUACGAAACUGUGUAAGAAAUAAUUUAAUUUUAUAAAAGUGUACAAUACAAUAAUAUCCCUAUAAUUAUUGCGUGCACCUCUUAUGUUGGAUAAGAAGACUGUAAAAAAUGCAUAGAAUCAGGAAUGAGUGAUUUUAUAAAUAAACCUCUAUUAAAAACUGGUUUCUAAAGUGUAAUUCUAAACUAUUAUAACAUAUUUUGUAAUCAAAAUUGA